UUUACUUGUUGCAAGACAACAGGGGCGAACCCACGCCUGCGCAGUUACCCUCAUCGAUUUUUCUCACUUUGACAGUUACACCGAUGUUUUGAGCCAACACUCGCGUUCUAGACAACAAAGUAAACAAAAAAAUGGCUUUAGAUUUUUCUGCUACGUAUAAGCUUUUAGUUUUAGGCGAUUCAAAUGUAGGGAAAACGUGCAUUGUGCAUAGAUAUUGCGACGAGAGAUAUUACGAUAUUUACAUAUCCACAAUAGGCAUAGACUUCAAACAAAAGAUCAUAAAUCUCGACGGCGUACCGAUCAAGCUCCAGAUAUGGGAUACGGCAGGCCAAGAGAGGUUCCGUACAUUAACCACUGCUUACUACAGAGGUGCUAUGGGGAUUAUCCUCAUGUAUGAUAUCACAAAUCUCGAAUCAUUCAACCAUUUGUCUUAUUGGCUGAGAAACAUUCAAGAGUAUGCUUCUCCAGAUGUCAUCAAAGUAUUAGUUGGCAAUAAAUGUGAUGUUCACGAGAAUCAUCGUGCUGUUCCCAAAGAAAGGGGCCAAAAGAUAGCCGACGAUUUCGAUAUGCCCUUCUUCGAAGUAUCGUGUAAAAGCAACAUAAAUAUUGAGGAAGCAUUUUUGACGUUAGCAAGGAAAAUUAGAGAAUAUAGAGAGACUAAGGCGGAUGCUUUCGAAUUCAAGGAGAGGGACGACGUGAUUAAACCAUCGAAAUCCGAAACGGACGUGUCAAAAUGUAGCUGUUAGUUAGUAUUAGAUUAAUUCAUUACCAAUGGAUCUGUGUACAUUCCAACAGGCAUAUUGUAUUCAUAUAGUGCAUGAUACUAGUACAGAUAAGCCUGUUGUAAUUGUACUAGGUUUGUAGUACGUGUGUGUAACCCGCGUAGAUAACAACUGUAAAAUAGUUCUAGAAAUUGGGUUUCUAUCCUGGUAUUCAGACGGAUAAAACUCGUCUGCAUCAGUGUCCUAUUUGAGUUUCUUCAGUCAAGCAAUCGUGUUUGCAUGGAUAUGUUUCAAUUUAAUGUAUGGAACAUAGUGAUGAAAUUACAACUUAGUUCUCAGGAUAACUAAGUACUGUGGUAACACAGUGCUGUCUGUGACCUACAUGGUGCUGUUCAUGAUUAUGGGUGAUGGUUAUUACUGUUCUUCAGGUGGACCUAAUUAUUUUUUUGCCUGAUUAUAUAAAUAUUCUAAUAUGUUAUAUUUAAAUGUGAUUAUAUAUAAUAUAAUAUAAUAUAGUCAUAUUUAAUUAAUAAUAGAAUUGAGUUCCUGGAUUCUAUAAAUGAGGUUAGUUAAUGAUUUAUAUCAGCAUUAGCUAUAUGUACACAUAAUAAUCUGUUUUUGUAUAAAAAAAUAGUGUCAUCAUACUCGUAUUAAAAUAAUAGUAGGUAAAAUAAACAAUAAAUCAGUUUUUUUUUGUAAUUAUUAGUUGAAUAACAAAGGUCUACAAAAGAAUAUUAAUGUUGUUUAAUAGUAAUGCUCUGCAAAGAAAAAUAGAUUGUAAGUUAUACCAGGAUUACUUGAUUGUAUCUACUCGAGUUACACGUACACAAGCAAAUCAUGCGUCGUGUAACAGCUGCAUCUCCAAAGCAAGUGACUGUGUUACUGAAUCUCUACAGUAACUUGUUUGAGGAAUUUAUAUCGAAAGACAGGGGCAUAAAGCCACAUGGUUCAUGGUGUACAAUCUUAGCGGAUGUAGCCCCUGCUUAGUAAUCUAGUACUAGCUUCACGCAUAUUCUGUGUGCUAUCUUGCGUGUAACAACUGUCGCAAUUUCCGAACGCACUGCAAUUGUGGUACAUUAUACUUGAUCCAAUAUAAAAAAAAAAAUGUUUAACUAAAAGAACAAUCGUUUGUACCAAUUGUCUGGCCUUAGCAUAUUUCUCAGGAAUGGUAACAUAGAUACAGAAUGACUAAACUUUUUUACAGGUAGCGUCCUUUUCGGUGACGAAAUUCCAAAAUUGCUACUAAUUACUCUUUAAGAUAUUUUUUUAAAAAACAAUCUGGUAAUCUUUUUAAUCUAUCUUAAGUUAAUAA